AUGUCCACGAUGUUCAUGAAGUACUCCGGCUUCCAGAGGCGCAGGAGCAGCAUAAGGAAGCUGAGAAGUACAUCACGUUUGUUCCUGGGGUUGGGGAGGAGGAAAUCCCGCCUCGCUAAGAAGAAACGUCGCAAUUCCAUGCUGAAGAACACCUCUCGGUUCAUGGUUCAGUUUAAUGCCAGCAAGAAGGCCAAAAGAGCGAAGGUGGAGAAAGAGAAGGAGGAGAAAGAGAAGGAGGACAAAGCGAAGGAGGACAAAGCGAAGGAAGGCGAUGGGAAGAAGCGAACGUAUAUGCUGCUCCACCUGGCAGGAAAAGAUUCAAACGAGAAGAAGGGGGGCUUCUUCAAAAACCUAUUUGGGAAAAAGAAUGGCGACGGGCCUCUUGAAGACUUCAAGAACUCAAGCGCGUUGCUGGGUAAGGUUGCCGCAGCAACCAACUGGCUGACCAAACGCUUCCUGUCCACGAAAAUGCGAGGGAAUGAAAGACACCGCGGCGUGGGCGGAAAAAGAGCACGGAGUCGAUACGCCGCCUCCGGAGGUCAUCUUCGCGGUUACCAAAACAACGGUUAUGAGCACGAGGAGGAGGAGGAGGAGGAGGAGGCCUAUGGGUACGACCGUCAACGUUCAGUUGGCCAGAAAGGUUAUGGAAGCUACGAUGAUGGUUAUGAUGAUGACGGUGAGGAUCAGUUUGCUUACUAUGACAACGGGGAAGCAAGCUAUCAAGACAUGGGUUACUAUGAGGACGAAGGACUCUAUGAUCCAAAUGCAGAAUAUUAUGAAGGGGAUCUUUAUGAUGAGGGCAUGGGGGACUACUAUAACCCGUAUGCCUCCGCUCAAGGCUACUAUGACAACCAGGAAGCUCAUUACCACGGUUACCAGCUACAGCAGGCAAUGGCAGCGUAUGGUGACGAGGGUCCGGACCACUAUGCACUAAUGGGCGAGGACAAUGUGUACGGUGAAGAUGGCUUCCUUGACCCUCAGGCUCAGGGUUAUCACGAUGAAAACGGUCAAGGGGGUUACUAUGACAACGGGCAGGCAGGUUACUACGAGGACCCUUACGCAGCGACGAUGGGAAUACAAGGGGGGUUUCCCCCAGACUACCAACUCAGUUAUAAUGAUGCGGGCAUGCCCUACCAAGACUACAGCUCCCAGCAGGCAAUGGGGUUCCCGCCAGGGGCCCAGCAGUUCUCUGGCUUUGGAGGGCGAGGGAUGGAUCAGGUGCAGGGCCUGUAUGGGGACCAGUAUGCAGACCAGUAUGCUCAAUACGGGGAUGAUACCGUUGGAGUUCAGGGAGGCGAGAUGACUUUCAAGGUUCCGAGACCUCAGGUGCGCAUGUUUGGGAAAGAGCGCCUCCAUGUGACCCUGCACCCUCCACCUACUUUGCCACCUGAUCCAGAAUUUGAAGACAUGUCAGAAAUCCAGUAUGAAGACCAGAACCCUCUCGCACCAGGUCAUCCCGGUGACAUGUCGAUACAGCAGCAGAGAGGAAUGUCGCCACAACAACAGAUGAUGAUGUUGCCUCGAGAACAAAUGAUGAUGCCCCCACAUAUGAUGUCACCGCAGCAGCAGAUGAUGUCACCGCAGCAGCAGAUGAUGUACCAACAAGAACACAAUACGUCCACUCAAAUGAUGCCAUCGCAGCAACAGAUGAUGCCUCAACGAAUGAUGUCACCACAAGAGCAGAUGAUGAUGUCACGGCAACAGAUGAUGCCUCAACGAAUGAUGUCACCACAAGAGCAGAUGAUGAUGUCGCAGCAACGAAUGAUGUCACCACAGGUAAUUGUAGCUAAUGUUAUGAUGACAGAUCCGUUGUCACAGCAACAGGGUUAUGGAGCAGUGAUCCCUACUCCAACUGCUAUGAUAAUUAAGCAAGCAAGUAUGUCCCCCGGUCCUGCACGGCGCCUGAAACCCUCUCCGACUCCAUCCCGCCGCUCUGUCAUCAUGCCCUCCCCACAGAUGCACCGCCAUCCUUCUGCCAGGGCCUCCCCGGUACCCGGUCCCAUGCUUCCACAGAGACGCAGUCCCUCCCCACAACCAUCCAUAAGGAGGGGCUUCAGAAAUGCCCAAAGACCCCCCUCUGUUAUGUCGAGACAAAUCUCACCACCUGCGUCUCCCAUGGUCUCCCCCCACGACCUUUAUACAAUGCAACCUCAGAGAUCCCCGUCUCCCAUGGCUCGAGGACCCUCCCCCCCUCACUCUCCUCGUGCCUCCAUGAUCCGGCGAAGUCCUCCACCCUCGGCAAGAGUGUCAAUGAGACAUCGUUCUCCACCUUCCUCACCCCGUGCGUCCACGAGGAGGCAAAGUCCUCCAGCCUCACCCACUCUAGCCCGCAGCCCAUUUGGGGGAAGGAAGAUGCAUGGUCCGCCCUCCCCUUCCUUCUCCCCUGGUCGUGCAUCUCCCCCUCACUCUCCACAGCGCAGUAGAAGACCAUCUCCCGCUCCCUCGCUUUCUCGUCGCAGUUUGUCCCCGACAGGACCGCGGCCCGCCCCGUCAUCUCCGACACUGUCUCGUCGCUCAACCAGGCUGCACAGGGACCCCACACCAUUGGCCCGGCCCAGGAUGGGGGGAAAUGUUCCUUUAGGUACCGUCAGGCCCUCACCAAUGGGCCUCCGAGGGCGCCCGAUGCCCCCACCCACCCAGAACGUACGUCCAUUCCGUGCUUCCUCCCUACGAAGCAAUAGGUCUUCGGUUCUCACUGUGGAGUCCUCCCUCUCCUCCCCGUUUCACUCCCCUCACAUGGUCCACCGCGCUCCCCAGCGGAGGAGAGAUUCGGGUCAAUUUCACCCUCGCCCUGUGGCCCGAGGACGUCCCCUCAGGGCCCAGCAGUCGAUAAGAAGGAUGCCUCCUGCCUCUCCACAGCCCUCCCUUAAAUACAUGCCACAGCCUGCAUCCCCACGCUUCUCUCCUCGACUUUCUCGUCAGUCUUCCCCUCACCUGCCCCCUCGAUCUGCCCACCCACCCACUUAUGCGCCAGAAACAUAUGUGUCUGGCCACUAUGCCGAUCCUUAUGGUGAUCCAUCAAAUCAGUUUCUCGCCCCCUCUUCUCUUAUGUUAUCUGGCGCUUUGCAGAACCAGGCUAUCAGACAGGCGUCUUUCGCUUCCCCAAUCGACCCAGAGCCAACCCAGAUGGUAGACAUGGGAGGUGGGAUUGUUCCAGAAUAUAUGGAACCUUAUGCGCCAUCAUCCCCUUCGCUGUCCGGUGCAUUGCAAAACCAGGUAAUUGGGGACGCGUCCUUUGUUUCCUCACUGCAGACACCAAUGUCCCCUUAUGAGCAGCCUAUGGCCCCUUCGUCACCCAUGCUGUCUCAUGCUAUGCAUAAUCAAGCUAUAAUGGGUGCAUCUUAUGUUUCACCUUUACAAAGGCCAAUGUCUCAUGAACAGCCGAUGGCCCCUUCUUCCCCAGUGCUGUCUGGAGCUCUGCAAAACCAGGCAGUGAGAGAAGCCUCCUACGUGUCUCCACUCCAACGCCCUCAGUCCUCUGUACCGUCCACUCCCAUGCUGUCUAGAGCCAUGAGACAUGGUCAGGCACUGAGCGGUGUGGCUUCUUAUCAGACUCCACAGAUCCAUUCACCAUACGGACCAACCGUUGUCACUCCAUACGAUUACAUCUCUGAGCCGGGCCCAUCGCCACUGCUUCAUGAUGCCCUACAGAACCGUUCUCCUUUGCAGAAUGUGUCCUCUUUACGAUCCCCUGUGAUGCAACGCCGUAACCCUUAUGCACCAGCUGGGCCUCAGCUGCACGAUGCUCUCCAACAGAACCCAAACGUACGCCAAGCAUCCUAUCGGACACCCGUGCAACUUAGACAGUCCCCGUAUGGACCCCCACCACCCUCUUCACCAAUGUUAGGAGGUGCCCUGCGAAACCAACAGUUGAUGCAGGCGUCGUACCGACUGCCAGAUGGAUCCUUGGUGUCACCAUACGCAGCUUCACCUUCCUCCCCAUUGCUUGGCCGUGCCAUGCAGAACCAACAAGUCCGUGGAGCCUCGUACACCUUGCCCGAUGGAUCGGUUAUCAGGGACCAACGUAUCCCCCAGAAGCCAAUGUCUCCGGACCUUUCAAGAGCACUUCGGAACCAGAAUGUCCGGACUGCUACAUAUACUCUCCCCGAUGGCACCAUUAUAGACCCGAGACAGCAACAAUCCAUUUCCCCAAACCUGGCCAAGGCUCUAAGCAACCCAGCUUUGCGCGAAGCCUCCUAUACUCUCCCUGAUGGUACCAUUGUGAUUGACCCCAAGACACCAAAGUCCCCGAACCUAUCAGCAGCACUUCUGAACCCUUACCUGAAAAGUGCAUCUUACACCCUGCCCGAUGGCACGGUCGUCAUUGAUCCACGGAAACCUCUGUCUCCAAACCUCUCCGGCGCCCUUCAAAGCUCUGCCCUGCGGAGCGCCUCCUUCAGGCUACCGGAGGGGGUCCAUGACCCCAAUAGACCCAUUUCACCCAACAUGUUGAAGGCCCUCAGCAACGUAGCCUUGAAAGGAGCUUCAUACACCCUCCCAGAUGGAACUAUUAUAGUGGACCCAAGGAAACCAAAGAGCCCCAACCUGACAGCCGCCCUGCAGAAUCCUUAUCUAAAGGGUGUGUCCUUAACCCUGCCUGAUGGAACCAUCAUCAUCGACCCACGAAAGCCAGUUGGCCCUAACAUGUCUAGAGCUCUUAUGAAUACGAACCUUCGUCAUGCUUCAUACCACCUCCCUGAUGGCUCCCUGGUUAUGCCUGGCCAGAGGCCCUCCGGUCCCGACCUCUCAGCCGCUCUGAGGCAAAACCAAUCACUUCGGUCUGCAGGUCUCUAUCAUCUCAGAGACAACUCUGGCCUGUCAGCGGCACCAAAACCCAACCCUCCCAAUCUUGCCUCUGCUCUGCGUAAUGACGAACUCCGUGAUGUCAAAUACAGGCUGCCUGAUGGCUCUAUUCUCACACGCCAGUUCCACAUCCCGAACCUGUCUGAAGCCGUCCAGAACCAGCAGCUUCGCUACGCCUCAUACAGGGUGCCAACGGGCCUGCAGGGUGAGGAUAGUCGCUACGCUGUGGUGCCACCCUACGGGCCGAGCUCAGGACACUGGGCCAGAAAUGCCCGAGGUGAAGGGCAAGGAGGGGAAGACGUGUGGGCCGCUGAGAGGGUUUUACCACAUGGGACCGUCCAGAAUCUGUCAAAGUGGUCCAUGUACAAAGAAGACGGGGUGUUAGAGGGGUAUUCGCCCUCACCUGGACUGGUGGGCGAACUGAUCCAGGACCCAAACUGGACCCCCGACAGAGAUCGAGUACCUGGCCAAAGCUGGUACGACAAGAUCUUCUCUAUCCUCAGCAUGCCCACAACAGGCCACAGGACGAAAAGCUGGGCGGAGGGAAUGGAAGACAUGACACAGCUGCCGGAGCUGAAUGACACCACAGUUCUGAUGAACCUGAAGAAGCGCUUCGACCAGGAACUUGCAUAUACCUACAUCGGCAGCAUCCUCGUGUCGGUGAAUCCCUACAAGUUGCUCAACAUUUAUGGCACAGACAUGGUGCUUCAGUAUGAAGGUCGCGGCCUGAGUGACAACCCUCCCCAUCUUUUUGCCAUUGCUGGUCUCUCUUAUACCACCAUGAUGGAUGCCAAAAAGGACCAGUGUAUUGUGAUCAGCGGAGAAAGCGGCUCAGGAAAGACCGAGGCUACUAAACUGAUCCUGCGUUACUUGACAGCCAUACAUCACAAAUGCAACGUCACACAGCAGAUAGAGAUCCUGGAGGCCACGCCCCUUUUGGAGUCAUUUGGGAAUGCCAAAACAGUGCGCAAUGACAACUCUUCACGCUUCGGCAAAUACACGCAGAUCUACAUGGAGGAGGGGGUAAUCAGCGGUGCCAUAACGUCCCAGUACCUGUUGGAGAAGUCGCGCAUUGUCUUUCAGGCCAAAUCGGAGAGGAACUAUCACAUCUUCUAUGAGAUGCUGGCAGGUCUUCCUCCUCAUGAGAAGCGCUCGCUGUAUCUCCAGGAAGCUGAGACGUACUACUAUCUGAAUCAGGGAGGAGAUUGUACUAUCGAGGGGAAGGAUGACGGGGACGACUUCAGGCGUCUGCUGAACGCCAUGGACAUCCUGCGUUUCACCCCAGAGGAGCAAAGCAGCAUCUACAGACUGCUGUCCUCCGUCCUUCAUCUGGGGAACAUCUUCUUCCAGACACACAAGGCUGAAGGUCAGGAGGUCGCGGCGGUGGUGAGCACGCGGGAGAUCAGGGUGGUCGCCGAGCUGCUGCAGGUGUCACCUGACGGCCUGCAGAAGGCUGUCACCUUCAAGCUGACCGAUACAGCCAGGGAGAAGAUCUUCACUCCGCUCACAGUGGAGAGUGCCGUGGAUGCCAGAGAUGCUGUUGCCAAGAUCCUCUACUCGCUGCUGUUUGGUUGGCUGACGGAGCGCAUCAACGGACGGGUCUACCCUCGCAACGACGCCCUCUCCAUCUCCAUAUUGGACAUCUACGGAUUUGAGGAGCUACAGGUGAACAGUUUUGAGCAGCUGUGCAUCAACUACGCCAAUGAAACUCUGCAGUUCUUCUUUAAUAAGGUCGUCUUCCAGGAGGAGCAGGAGGAGUACAUGCGGGAGCAGAUCAAGUGGCAGCAGCAGCCCUUCAGCCUCAACCAGGCCUGCCUCGACCUCAUCGCCGCUAAGCCUCAUGGGAUACUGCGCAUACUGGACGACCAGUGCGGCUUCCCUCAGGCAACAGACCACACCUUCCUUCAGAAGUGCCACUAUCACCAUGGAAACAACCCGCUGUACGCCAGGCCAAAGAUGCCACUGCCAGAGUUCACCCUGAAACACUUUGCUGGGAAAGUCACGUACCAGGUGCACAAAUUCCUGGAUAAGAACUUCGACAUGGUCCGCCAGGAUGUGUUGGACCUCUUCAUCCAGAGCAAGAACAGAUUGGUAUCCGGCUUCUUUUUAAAGCAUUCGGAGUACGCGUCUAGCGUGCGGCGCAGCAGCGCGGCGCGCCGUCAUCACGCCGACACGGUCAGCGCAAAGUUCCAGAGCAGUCUGCAGGAGCUGCUGGAGAAGAUGGAAAGGUGUAACCCUUAUUUUGUGCGAUGCAUCAAGCCAAACCACCACAAGGAGCCAGGAGUGUUUGACAUGGAGCUGGUCAACACUCAGCUGCAUUACUCUGGCAUCAUGGAGACCAUCCUCAUCAGGAAGGAGGGUUAUCCAAUCAGAAUGCACUUCCACCGCUUCCUGACCAGGUACAAAGCCCUGCUCUGCCUGAAGGAUCCUCCGCCUGCAGACGGAGAGAACUGUGUCGUCAUGCUCCACAAGCUCUGUCCGGUCAAGAGCGGCUCAUAUCAGCUGGGAGUCAGUAAGAUCUUCUUGAAAGAGGAGCUGUAUCAGCUGUUGGAGGGGAAGCGCGACCGAUUGCUCGACAUCGCCGCCAUGACGCUGCAGAGAUACACCCGAGCAUGCUUCGUCCAAAAGAAUUUCGCCAAGACGCGCCGCCGCUUGAUCCUGUUUGAAACUCGCUGCAGAGGCUACCUGGUCAGAAGAGAGUUUGCUCGGAGGAGGAAGUACCUCAUCAGGCUCCGCUCCGCCGUGCUGCUCAUCGUCAACCGCCAGCGUUACAUGACGACAGUGGUGGAGCCUGCGAGGAAGGCAGAGGAGGAUCGCGUCAACAGAGAGGUGGUGAAUGUGACAACGCUGCUUAUCCCUGCUGAGCUGGCAGUUCUGAUACAGGCGGCUUCAGGUGGUGAAGAGCUGCAUUCUGGCUGCUUGGCGGUGGUCCAGGCUCCAAAGGUUCAGGUUGACCCCCAGCUGACCCUGCCCCUGGAUAUCAACAACUACCUCAUGACACACUACGUUCGGGCCAUAUUUAGGGAGCCAAUGUUUGGGAUGCUGACAGCCCCGCUGGAGAGUUCACUGAUUCGAAUGGAUGAGGAGCUAAAAGAAGAAGCUCUGAACAUUUUCACUCUGAUACUAAGAUUCAUGGGGGACCCGAACUUGAACGGGGUUCAGGAGAACCUGUUUGGGAACUACAUCAUCCAGAAAGGACUUGCCAAUCCCAGCCUCCGAGAUGAGAUCAUGGCUCAGGUAGCCAAUCAGGUGUGGAGGAAUCCUAACAUCUUGAAUUCAGAGCGGGGGUGGCUCCUCCUGUCCUGCUGUCUCUCUGCCUUCCUGCCCUCUCAACGGCUCGCCAAGUACUUGCUGAAGUUCGUGUCUGACUUCGGGCCGGAGGGCUUCGGCUGUGUGUGUCAGCACCGUCUGCUUCAAGCUCUGCGGCGGCUGAACGUCGGGCCGGAGUACGACCGGACGUACCCGCCCUGUCUGCUGGAGUGGACGGCCAAUCGCAAGGGAGCGCACGCCGUUCUGCACGUACACUGUUUCGAUGGCGUGUCCUUCCUGUGUCCUCUACACUCCUGGACAACGGGAGAUGAAAUGGCAAAAGACAUCUUACAACACAGGGGCGUGGUGGAUGGUCGUCGUGGCUGGUCGGUGCUGCUGAAGGAGCCGGCUCAGUGGGUGGAGCUAGAGGGCUCGGACUACGUUCUGGACCUGAUGUCGGACCUGGAGCUUCCUGCUCACUUCCCCAAACGCAGCAGCUACUUCAUCAUCUCGGCACAGGAGCCGAGCAGAGUGCGGCCCAACGCCAGCAUAAGCCUGUUGGGCAGUGGGUUUGACAUGAAGGAUGAUUUCAUGUCUUCAGUCUUACAUGGCUCCGAUGGACGAGACUUUGAGCCUCAGAGAGGGAUGGACCGUUACCUGGACAGCCUGUUUGACCCGGUGCUGGCUGAGGGGACCGGAGAAGUGGAAUCGGCUGCAGGACUGUCCAGCAGGAUGAAGGGGGCGGGGGGAGUCGGAGAGGGGUGGCAACAGCAAGACCCGUCAACCGGCACCCCACCUCCACCUGGGGCUGUGCAAGUCCUUCCUGUGGGAGGCAUGAUGUCGCCUCCAGUUGCUGCUGUGGCACCUGUACCACCUGAUGCCCAGCAGGCUGUUUGGGCCCGCCAGCAGCAGGCGAUCGUGGACCAGCAGGCCGUCAUGGCCCAGCAGAUGACCAUGCAGGCCAUGGCCAUUAUGACGAGCCCCCCCACCUCCCCGAUGAUGAGCCCUCCCAUGAGCCCCGUGCUCCACCACCCUCCCAGCCCCUACGCCGUCAUACCCCCGAGUCCGUACGCCAACUUCCCGCCCAGCCCCUACGCCAACUUCACUCCGUCUCGCUACGCGGCCGCGGCGGGCGUCCCGCCCAGGCGUCCUGCCCCGGCCCGGCCGGAACCAACCCCGUGGCAGCUUCAGGCUCGGCUUCCCGCGGAGCCCCAGACUCAGACGAGCUACACCGAAACGAACACAACGGAGCCAGCUCAAGCGAACGCUGCCGCACGGGUUCAGUCGGGUGAGGACAGCGUCCCUCGGAGGAAGGCUCCCGGCGUCCCCAUAAACAAGGACACACCAGUCAGAAAGUUUUCCCCCGUGGUGACGGCUGUUCCGCCCCCUGCUGGAGAGGCGGUGAAGUACUCUGCUCGGUGUUCAGAUGACGUCGUCCCCAGCCAAGACAUACAAGACAUCAUCAAAAGGUACAACUCCCCACCUCCACCGGGAGACCUGCUGCCACACGAGAGGAGGAGACUAGAGAGGAAGUUUAAGAAGAAGCAAACCCCUCGUGAUGAAGCUUUACAGAUCCUCAAGCCGCAGAUGGACAACCCUCCUGCUCUACAGCCCAAACGUGCUGCUGCCCCCCCACCGUCUGCGACCGCAAUGACGGAGGCGGGAUUUAAACCCACCAGGAGCACGAAGACGAAAGCUCCCCUUCGUCCUCUCCCUCUUCCUCCUCCAGUUUCUCGAGAGCUUCCCGUCGAGACCGAGACCACCCAGACGCAGCUCCAUCAGAGAACCAACGAGGAGCACUACACCUACACCAAUGUUCCCUGGAGACUGUACCUCAGGAAGGAGGUUUUUUAUCCCAGAGACAGCUUCAACAAUCCUCUGGUGCUGGACCUCAUUUUCAAACAGAUCGUGAACGACACCCUGUCAGAGGCGUGUGUCCGCAUCACCCGGGAUGAAAGGCAGAGGAUGAAGGCUCUGUUCGUGAAACACGGGGUGGAGCAGAAUAUGGAUCCGGUGGAGGAGCGCGUGAAGAAAACGAUCGUGACGGCUGCCAGAGAAACCUGGGAGAUAUACUUCUCCCGUCUGUUCCCUGCAUCGGGUAGUGUAGGAACAGGUGUGCAGGUGUUGUCGGUGUCACACGGCGGUAUAAAGCUGUUGAAGACCGUAAAAAGCAGCGCUGCAGCUCCAGACUACUUCAGAGUCCUACGACCUUACACCUACGCAGACAUCCUGUUCGUCACCAUCCCGUCUGAAAACAUGCUGGAGUUCAAUCUGACCAACGAGAAGCUGAUCCUGUUCUCAGCCAAGGCGCCGCAGGUCAAAGACCUCAUAGACACCUUCAUCAAUGAGAUCAAAAAGGACUCGGAUUACGUGAUCGCAGAGCGAAACUUUGUGACAGACGACCGCUCGAAACUCAGUUUUCACAAAGGCGACGUCAUCCGGCUGCAGGUUAUGGACGGACUGGAGAGGGGUUACAGCUACGGCUGCGUGGUGAGGAAGAAGGUGGUGUUUCUGGAGGAUCUGAAAAGAGACACUCAAGACUUUGGGUGGAAGUUCGGUGCCGUGUUCGGCCGCUGCGGCGCGUUCCCGGCCGACUGCGUCCAUCCCGUCGCUCCUCCCGACUUCCUGUCGCUGCGCCUGGACCGCCGGGCGGAGCCCCGAGGAGGGGCGGGGCAGUUCGCCGCGUCAUCGGCGGUCGCCGUCGCCGUGGCGUCCACCGUGGCCGCGCACGAGAUAGAUCAAACGCUCGAGAAGGUUUCCCUCGACGGCUUCGCCGAAGGAGAUCUGGAUGAGAGGGCCCUGCAGGACAGUAAAUAUGACAUGUUGGAGUUCGCCAACAACUUCUUCAGACGAGAAACCAGCGGGAAGGGAGAUUCCCUGAAGAGCAAAAGCAAGAACAGAGAUCUCAGAGAGCCCGCUGAAAUGAUCAAGUUCUCCAAGGUCCCUCUGACUGAGUCUCUGAUCGAGUUUAUGGAUCCAGCCAUGAACAGAGUGGCAGCUGAUCUCUUCCUGUCGGUGAUGCGUUUCAUGGGUGACUCUCCAUCGAGGGGACUGACAGAACAGGAAUUGGUCAACAUUGUCCUCAAGCUCAUAGCAGAGUUCACCUUGAUGAGGGAUGAGGCUUACUGCCAACUCCUCAAACAGCUUACGGCUAACACCAGCUCCAAACCUGAUAGUUGCCAACGAGGCUGGAGGCUGCUGUACAUCCUGACCGCCUUCCAUCGCUGCUCUGAGGUCCUCAAGCCCUUCGUGCUGAAGAACCUGCAGCAGGCGUCCCGCUGCGCCGGCGUGCAGUAUCAGGGCAUCGCUAAAGCGUGUGAGCAGAACCUGAAGAAGACGUUCCGGUACGGCGGCCGCACGGUUCCACCCAACGGCAUGGAGCUGAAGGCCGUGAUGGCGGGACGGAGUUCAAAGCGUCAGCUGUUCCUGUUUCCUGGAGGCAUCGAGCGCCACGUGAAAAUCAAGACGUGCUCCGUUGCCCUGGAGGUGAUUGAGGAGCUGUGCUACGAGAUGGGUUUGCACAAAUUGGAGGCCAUGGAAGAAUACGCCAUAUUUUUAGUCACCCACAAAGGUCAGAAUGUGCGUCCUCUGAACCGACACGAGUACAUCCUGGAUGUGGCGACGGAGGCCGAGGCGGUGGACACCAGCUACAGCUUCUGGUUCCGACGGGUCGUCUGGACUCAGCCGCUCGCGUUUGAGAACGAGUUCUGUGUCGCCACGCACUUCAACCAGAUCCUGCCGGACUACCGUAAAGGCCUGCUAAAUGUUCUAACACAUGGAAAAGUGAGCGAUCAGCAGUUCCACCAGAUCUCCAAACUGGCGGCUCUGCAGCACAGAGCCAAAGACAGCGUCUUCAUCCCCAGCAUACAUGAACUAUCGGAGUACAUCGCCACACCUCUUUUUAAGAAGCAGCCACCCCAGCAGUGGGUUACCAUGGUGACGCAACACGUGCAGCAAGUGCAAAUCCUGAGCCCGCACCAGGCCAGAGCACAGUUUAUGGGGCUGAUCAGUGCGUUCCCCAUGUUCGGCUCCUCGUUCUUCUACAUCCAAAGCAGCAGCUCCACCACCUUCUACGCCCCCUGCAUCGUUGCCGUAAACCAACACGGCCUCCACUUCCUGCACAAAAACACACACGAGCUGAUGGCAGCGGUCCCCCUGGUGGAGGUGCAGUCCAGCCGCACCCAGAGGCCCACUGCUGGAACAAGCUACCCGUAUGUAGACCUGACCCUGGGGGACAUGAACACACAGCGGGUCAUUCAGCUGCAGCUGGAGCAGGGCCUGGAGUUGUGUCGAGUCAUCGCCAUGCAGGUGGAAAACAUGAUGUCCGUGCGGGAGAGGCGACUCACCCUGCCACCCAGUGAACUCACCAUGUUAUAGCACACACAGUCGCAUGGACACACUAAUGCAGAGGAAACCUUUAUAAAUAGACUACCUCUUCUUGCCUUCAGGGGUUCUAAUAUCAUAUGUGAAUGCAUAAGUGGACCCCGAAGUCAGUCUCACUUUUACUAGAUUAUCAUACUGCAUUCACUGAACAAAGUGCAGACUGAAGACAGUGAAAAGUAAAUAUCAGUUCAGAUUGAAACCUUUAUACUUGCUACUGUAGUUUUGAUUGAUGAAACAUUAGAGACUUUUUAGAAUGUACAGAAACUGUUAAUGAACAGUGAGGCAGCUUCACGGGCCGUGCCUUGUCAUUACAACGUUUUAUAACUGAUAUCCAACAUGUUUUUUAAUUUAUUUUUAUUUAUACAGUUUAUCAGAAAAAUGCAAUGUUAGUCAAACAGUUGUUGUAUUCAACCAAUGUUAAUGCAUCGAUGUUCUUGUUUUGUAAAGAAUAUUUUAUCUAAAUAAAAUCAGCUAUUUUAAAAGAGAAA